CGGCCCCGAGGCUGCCAGAGCUCCAGGAGCCUUUGGCCAGCGCUGCCAGGGAUGCCCAGGGUGGGAUUUUGGGGGGUCUGGGCAGGGACAGGGGCUGGGCUGGGUGAUCCUGGUGGUCCCUCCCAGCUUGGGAUAGUCUGUGAUUCGAUGAAAAUCCCUGAACUAUAUCCGAAUCACCCAGAAACUUUUGCAGUCACAGUAAAGGCAUGAAAAGCUGCUCCUGCUCUCGUCAUUUCUGAAGCAAAAGGACAGAGUUACACUCCCCGGGUGGAUUUUUGUGGGGUCUUCCCAUGACAAAGCGCAUGAUGAGUGGUCAGAGUGGUCAGAUUCUAGUCACGGUGAUGAUCCAGGGCAUUGCUUGGAAGUCAGGUGCCGGGAUGGCCCGGGGGGUUUGCAUUUAUCAUCUGUCACUGCGCCAUGCCUGGCCCCGGCUCCCAGAGAACAGGAGAAAGCAGCUCCUGGGGUGGGACAUUAGCGGGGUGCAAGACCUUCUCCUUGGACCGUGCGGUUGAGCUGGGGUGCCACAACAGCAGGACUGGGAGUCCCGUCCUGUGUCGGGCAUUCCAAGCAAGCCUUUGGUGCAGGUUUCCUGUCUCUUUGGGAACAGCAUGUCCUGCUGCCAGGUCACGGUCAUUUCACGAAAUGCAGACAGGAUUUUUCUUCGAUGGAUGACAUCACCAAGUUUUCAUGCCAGUGUUCCCAGAGCAGUGCGACUGUGCCGGAAAACGGGCUGAUGCAGCGCAGUUGGUGAAGCGGUGCCCAUCCUAGGAAGCUGUGCCCAUGCCAUUCCCGGUGCCGACACACUGUCCCCGGCUCCCUGACAGCCUGAGCAGCACCUGGCCCCUCGCCAAGGGCUCUCUGUGCCUGAGCCCCCCGCGCCCUUCACUUCAACCCUCUCCUCUCCGGCACCGUCUUCGCAGCCAGGCUCCCGGGAGAGUCACUUUGGCCGCUGGGUCACUGCGCCGGGCUCUGACGGCGAGGAUUUCCCCGGCCCAGGGUGAAUUCCCCGCGGUGAGAACCCGCCCAUCCCCGCCCCGCCGGCGCAGCAGGCGGUAAAACCCCGGCCGGAGGGGCAGGCGGGCUGGGGACCCCGGGUGACAAAUCCUGCUGCUGUGACCUUUUGCCGAACACGUUCCUCUGCGAAAAGCACCUCGCCGUGACCUCAGCGCGGGCUGCGCCGCGCGUUUCCCCACACGGCAUUUUCCUGCCGUCGCCGUCCCGCCGUCUCCGUCCUGCCGCCGCCCAUCCUGCCCGACCGCCGGCCUGCCCCUGCCCCCGAGCCGGCGCCACGGGACGCGAGGUGGCCAUGACACUCUGUGCGCAGUCUCUGGAGACACAGACAGAAGUUUUCAUUCACAUGGCAGCAGCAAACUCUUCUCCACCUGGUUCUCUGGAUCUAAACCAGCCUGGCUUUGCAAAGGAGAUCUUGGGAACUAAACUGGAGGUCAAAUACCUGUGCUCCGAUUGCAAGAACAUCCUCAGGCGGCCGUUCCAGGCACAGUGUGGCCAUCGCUACUGCUCCUACUGCCUGAAGAAAAUCAUCAGUGCUGGACCUCAAAAGUGUGCCAGCUGUAUCCAGGAAGGAAUAUAUGAAGAAGGAAUUUCUAUUUUGGAAACAAGCUCGGCUUUCCCAGACAACGCUGCGCGGAGGGAAGUGGAGAGUCUGCCUGCUGUCUGCAUCAACAGCGGCUGCAACUGGAAGGGAACCAUCAAAGAGUACGAGGCUCAUGAUGAAGUCUGCCCUGAAUUCCCGCUGACUUGUGAAGGCUGUGGGAAGAAGAUUCCCAGGGAGAAGUUUCGAGACCAUGUGAAGACGUGCGGCAGAUCCAAAGUACCUUGCCGGUUCGAGGCUGUGGGCUGUGCUGAGGUGGUGGAAAAUGAAAAGCUCCCCGAACAUGAAAGGAAGUGUUUGGCAGAGCAUCUCUACAUGCUUAUGAGCUCUGUGCUCAGCCUCAAGACUGGUGCUGGGGACCUGAAACCCCUUCCUGUCCCUUCCUCAUCACAAAACAGCUCCCCACUUCUGGCAGCAAACUCACUGUGCUCGGAGUCAGAGCUCUCCCGGUCCCUGGAGCUCUUGGGAAGGUGUGAGGCCCUUGAGAGGAAAACAGUUACCUUUGAGAACAUUGUCUGUGUGCUUAACCGGGAGGUGGAGAGAGUGUCCCUGACAGCUGAAGCUUACAGUCGCCAACACCGGCUGGACCAGGAGAAAAUCGAAACGCUCAGCAACAAGGUCCGGCAGCUGGAGAGGAGCAUUGGGCUUAAAGACCUGGCCAUGGCUGAGAUGGAGGAGAAGAUCCGCAACAUGGAGGCUUCCACCUACGAUGGGGUUUUCAUCUGGAAGAUAACAGAGUUUGCCCGGAAGCGUCAGGAGGCGAUAACAGGCCGCUCUCCUGCCAUCUUCUCUCCAGCUUUCUACACCAGCAAGUACGGCUACAAGAUGUGUCUGCGCGUGUACCUGAACGGGGAUGGCACCGGCCGCGGGACCCACCUGUCCUUGUUUUUUGUGGUGAUGAAGGGACCUAACGACGCGCUGCUGCGGUGGCCCUUUAACCAGAAGGUCACCCUGAUGCUUCUGGACCAGAAUAACCGAGAGCACAUCAUCGACGCCUUCCGCCCUGACGUGACGUCCUCAUCCUUCCAGCGCCCUGUCACAGAGAUGAACAUCGCCAGUGGCUGCCCCCUCUUCUGCCCUGUGUCUGUCAUGGAAGCCAAGAACUCCUACGUGCGUGAUGAUGCCAUCUUUAUUAAAGCCAUCGUUGAUCUCACGGGCCUCUAACCCUCCUGACCUUGGAGCAGUGAGCAUGGAGCCAGCACUGUCCAGGGCAUCUCCCGCUUGUGCUGCACUUCAGGCGGGUCUCAGAGCAAGAGGAGGGGGCACAGAGAGGGGAAAAGCCCUUCCUGAAAAGAGACCUUUGCUCUGAGUGGAAAUGAGGUGUCUGAUGGGAGCCCUCUUUCCUGAGGAGAGGGUUGGGUGGACACUGGCAGGCUGUGGAAUAUGGAAGAUUCCCUGCAGGGACUUGGAAGUCUGAACUGCUGCCAUCUGGACUCCAGUGGAAACCAGUGCAGCUCUUGCUCUACCAGUUUAGCUGACGUCCACAGCUCUCUGUAGUAAAAAAGCAGUUUUCCCUGCCUGAGCUCCACCUCCUGUGGAUUUUGGCUCAGCUGUCUAGGAUUUCCUUCUGAGAUCUCUAUGUUCCUGGAAGUUGUGCACUGUGGGGUGCCAUGGCUCUGCACUGCUGGUUGCUCCACACCCUGGGAGACAAGGAGGGUGUGUGACAGCUGCAAUGCCAGCUGGGCAAUAGAGACACAGACUGGUUUGGUGCUGUUGGUGUGUUAGGAGAGUGCUGAGCCCAGCUGCAGGGCAGGGGAGCCCUGAGUCCAGCCCUUGCUGGGUGUGUGAUGGGCGGUGCAUGCUGGAGUGUGGAAUGGGGCAGGAGGUGCUGCUACCAAGGAGGGAUACCUGUAGCUGCAACCACAGGGUUGCCUGCGGGGAAGAAGUGAAUCUGCAGUGGAGAUUGUCCCUCCUGUGCCGGGAGAGGAGGUGACACAGAGCUCAGUGUGCGCCCUGAGAGCUCCAAGCCCUCCCCCUCUGCCAUGUGUGCCAAGCAACACUGGGUGGGAGGGGUGCUGUGCUGGGAGCUGUCUUUGCUCAUAGGCAAUGACACAGGCUCUGAACUGGCUCCACUCCCACGGUGGGACAGCUCUACCAUCCUUCCCAGGGCUGCUGCUGCUGCUGAGCUCCACGUCCAUCUGUGGCCGCACUCCCGUGUCUGUCUGGGCAGUGCAGCUUGGGCUGUGGGCUGUGUACUGUCUGCCCAUGCAGUGGGGCACUGCUGGCCAGGCCCUGCACUCUCACAGUGCUUGCAGUCAUCAGCAGCAGGUCUCCCCCACUGUUCCUCCCCAUCCCUGAGCUCAGGAUGGGUCACCUGGUUCCAGGUGUCAGCACCCUGGAGCUUUUCCUUCACUUGGCCCCACAUUGAACUUGCAGCCACCUGGGUAGGCUCUGGGGGCUGGAGAAGUGAAGUGUGCUGUCCCAUUUCUGUCCCUGGGCUCCUUCCCUCUGGGCAGCACAUGUUCAACAGCCAUGAGAAGGUCUCUCUUGGUGUUAGUGGGGAAGAACUGGCUGCCACAUCCCUGCAUCGUUCCCUCUGCAGCUUUGUUGUGGCCAUGGGUAGCUCUGGAUAGGCCUUGAUCCAGGGUGGACUCAAAGGUUUGUUGCCUCCUUUGCCUGGGCUUCCCACAUCCUGUCAGUGGCUGAACGUGCCACAGGAGAUGUUUUGUUGGUGACAGGAACCAGCUGUGAACACCCUGCAAUGAUCAGGGGCCCUGGCUGGCUCUUGUGCUGCUCCUUGGGCAGUGGGGCUGGAGCAUGAUCAACUUCCUUGACGGCUGCCAGGGAUUGGCCCUUCAGCAUCUCCUGCCGGGUGCCCAGCCCAGGUCUGAUGGCUGCAGAGCCUGCCAGGCUUGUGGUCUGCUCACACCUUGCCUCUGGCACAGCCACCCUGAGGGAUACAGAACACCGUCAGGCUCUGGCUGGCUGUCCCCACCAUGUGCUGGCACUGCCCUUACCUGCCCCUGGAGCUGUUUGGAAUGUCCCUGCUGCUGCCCAGGAACUCAGGGCCCUCUAAGCCUCCUGCCCUUGGAGCAGUGGGCAUGGAACCAGGAACUUGGAGCAUGCCCAGGAACUCAGGGGUGCCCAGUGCUCUGCAGGCUGAGCUGGAGCCUGGCCCAAGCUGAACCUCUUGCACCCACAUCUGCUGUGCUGGCCAGGGGCUCUUCAGACAGGUGCUGGGGUGACCUGUGAGCACCCUUUGGAAUCGCUGCGUGGAACUUCUCACACGUGUGUGUGCAGGGUCUGAGGGCUGACUCAACCCUUGCUAUUGGGGAAGUGGGACAGAAGCUGGUGACAGCACAGCCUGAGGUGGGAGAGGAGUCACAGGACCCUUCCCUUUGUGCAAGUCACCUCCAGCCUGUCCCAAGAGACAGAUCAAGCCCUGUGUUGCUGCCUUCACUCUGUGCCUUACAAGGAAAAUUCAGGCUGGCAGAGCCCUGUUCCCAUCUACAGCAGCUCCCCAGGGAUGCUUGGAAAAGCCUGGGAAGGGAGAGGAAUGUCAGCUCUGCUCAUAGAAUUGCUGGGAAUUGAGUGUUAUAUGGGACGGAGCUUGUUCUGUGUUGAUUAGAAUGUCUGCUUGUGGGGUGCUGCCUGCAGCGGGGCUGGGGGCUCUGGCCAGGUAGUGCCAGGAGGGACUGUGAGACACUGGCUGAGAUGGAGGGAUCUGGGCUGCUUUUGGGGUGGGAACUGGUCCUCCUGCCCCAGCAUAUGUUUGGAAAGUCUGUGGGGGUGUCAGUGCUGUAGCAAAGCUCAGGCCGAGCUCUUCAGGCCACGGGCUUACUGCUGGAGGGCAAAGAUGGGCUGUCAGCCCCUCCUGCUGGGAGCUUUUUCCUCCCCAACGUUCUGGUGAUGCUGAUGCUGUCCGGGCCUUUUUUGGCUCUUAGCAGCUCUGGAGCUGGCAGCAGGAAUUGUUCUUAUGUGCUGCAGGCGGGGGCCCAGCCCCUUCCUGGGCACAGCUCUGCCGGCCUGGUGGCCACAUGGACAAACCCUGGACACAAGCCACCACUGGAUUUUUGUGGGUUCUUUUUUUUCCUUUUGACUACACCAUCUCAGCCUGGCACUGCGAACUAGGUUUUGUUUUCCUUGAGGGUGUAGUAUGGUCAGAACCACUAAUAAAAGCUGUUUGAACAGCA